AUGAGAGGCGCAGUCUUGACAGCUGCCUGUCGCGGGCGCGCCGAGUCCUCCGGCAUCAAAGGGCCACUGUCAAAGGGUCUUCUUGCGGGGUUAAAGGCGCUGGCCUCCUCGAGCACGGUGGCCCGCUUGGAAACAGAAAUGCAGUUCCCCCUCAGGCUAGCUGCAGCUGCCAAAGCGAGCCGGGGCGGGGAGCUGGCCAGCGAGGGUGUGGCGCGGGCUGCGGAUGCUGCUGGGACCUGCCCGAGCUGGUUCCCGGGAGGAUGCCAGCCGCCGCCGCCGCCGCGGAGCCCAGGGGCCGGGGCCAGGGAGCGUGUUGGACUCCGUCCUCCGCGGGCCGCUGGCUCGCCUUCCACAAGACGCCUCAUCCGCUCAUCCUCCCUGACAAUCUCCCCCGCGCCCCCACCUCAUGUUUUUCCCUUUCCCUGGGUGUCAUCCAAUUAUCACUCCCACGCGCUGCUUGCAGCUGUACUUUAUGGAUGA